GUAUCGCGGGGAAAGGUGGAGAAGUGGCCGUUCGGAAGUGUACCAGAACGAGUCGAAGCCAAAGAGCCUGUCUAUGCUGAUCUCGCGUUCCCGGAGCGUUUCGGACUUCCACGGGUUCACGAAGCGGUGCUUGUAAGGUGACCACCACACUUCUUCCCCACCUGACCGUGGUAGAAAUGGCGGCGGACGAUCCCCUCCGGAACGAACCGUUAGUUUCCGUUGAGUUCGAGGUGUUCGGCAAGGUGCAGGGUGUCUACUUUCCAAAAUACGUGAGAGACAUAUCCCAGCAGCUGGGAAUCUGCGGGUGGGUGAAGAACAGCAAAUCCGGCACGAUUCUUGGAAAAAUGCAAGGGCCACGCGCGCUCGUCGAUCAGAUGACACAGUGGCUGACGAGCGUGGGAAGUCCCGGUAGCCAAAUCGAUCACUGUGACUUCACGAAUUGGGAAGCAAUCAGCAGGCUACAGUACAAAGGAUUUGCCAUACGUUUUUAAUAAAGUUCUCGUCUCGCUGAAUCACAACCGGACUCGUCCUGGAGGCACAGGCUAAAAGAC